GGUGAUUACGUCAGAAAUUCCAAACGCGUUUUGAUUGCGUUGAGGAUUUUUGGCCCGACAGAGCCACCGUGUGUUUGUGUUUGGUUCCGACGAAAAUGGCGGACGAACUGGAGCGAGUACGAAUUACAGCCGCGGAGCUACGAGCAGAAGCGGCAAAUUUCAUUACACAGUGCGAUAAUGUAAAAGAGUUCAAAGAGGAAGGUAAAAAACAUCGUCCACGAGAGGGUAAACAUCCAGACCUGCAGCGGUACAAACCUGGUUCUAGUCAGUCACGUAGACCCAAGGACAGCAUUGAAGAAGACUGCAGUUCUGAAACUGACAUCAAAAGGCCUGACAGCUCACCUACAAGUACUGGGUGCUCCAUCCCUGGUGUAGACAACACAGACUCAGCAAGUGAAAGUCAGCUGAAAACAAAAAAUUCUAAUACUAAAGAAUACCCAAGUGGUAAAAAUCACCAGCUUACAGACGAAAAUGCUGUUAAAAGCACAGAUGCACCCAGAUCACCCAAGCAGUCACGCAAGAUGCGCAAACCUGACCGUGAGAUAUAUCAGCCAGGCGGUCGAAGGUCUCAAAGCAACAAAGAAACUGGGUCAAGCAAAGAACAAGAAGGGGUCGCAAAAGAGGAGAGAACGAGAAAAGAAUCAGUGAAAUCUGUAGAAAAAGAUGAUGAUAAGAAUUUACCGGUGGAGGAGGGGAGGGACAAAGAGGAAAAGAGAAGAAACAGACGAGGGAAAGAUGGCAGAAAGAAGCAAGAUCAAGUAAAACAGAUUAAAGGAAGUAUAGACUCCCCUUCUACAGAAAAAACUGAGCCUGAUGUCGAGAACAUCGCUGGGAAAGUCAGAAAUCUUAGCAUCCAGGCUGGAGUCGAAUCGGAAGAAAGCAAAGAGGGAGGUGGCCGGGAUGGCGCGAACAGGAGGAGAAAAUCUGGUGGGGACGGACGAAGAGAGCAAGCAAGUGGAGGUGAUGGAGGAGUGACGGAGGAUAAAAGAAAGGAGAGAGGAAAUGGGAAAUCCAGAGCUGGAAAUGAGAAGGGUAACAACCAUACAAAGAAAGAUAAAGGCGAGGGAAGAGGCUCUGAGACAGCUCUGCCUGACCAAAAAGUAGACGGACGACAACAGCGUAAUACCGGAGGAAGGGACGGGAACCGCGACCAAAAUGUGAUUCACGAUAAACAAAAAGGCAACAAACCAAAAGAUAAUAGAGGGGAGAGAGGGAAAACAUCUGAAGGGAUUGAUUCCAACCGAGGUAACUCGGCUUCAAAGCGCUAUUCUCAGUCCGAUAUCCGACGACCGCGCAAUCGCACCUGCAGCACAAGUUCUGCCAGUAGUGGGGCUAGUAUGGACGGGUUUGUUGAAGCUGAGAUACUGCGGGGAGACGGCCAACAGUCAACUGCACGGACUGUGGAGAGGACAGUUGGACAGAGAGAGUUUGUCCACGGAAGUCAUAUGCGCCCGAGGAGACGGACAGCUCGGACUUUGUCCUCCACAGACUCGCUGGAGGAAAAUGAAUGUUGGGAGAGAGAAGAUAGAAGGGAUGUUGAAGACAGCCGGAGCACAAACAGACGUCUCGCAGGGGGCAGUAGAGGUCAAAGAUCAGUUGCCGCUUGUGGACGAGGAGGAAUCUUGAAAGUUUCUUUGGACAAGCCUGCAUGCACAUCAUCAGGUGCCAACGAACAGCAAGUGAGCAAAAAAGCUCAAAACCCUAGAGGUCGUGGCAGGGGCAUCCUGAUACUUCCUGCCCACACUGAUCUAAAAAUGACAUCUGAGCCUAGGCCUCAGGUUAGCGGCAUGAGAGGUGGAAUGAGCCUUGGCAGAGGAAGAGGGGGCCGUGGUGGAGGGACGAGACGACUGUGGGACCCAAAUAACCCAGAUAAGAAACCAGCGUUGCAGUCGAGCCAACAAUCCCAGCACGCUUCUCUCCAGCAGGCGUUGUACUUGCAACAGGGUGGAUGUGGGCCCUUGCAUUUCCUAGACACCGAUGAUGAAACUGCAGGAAGUCCUCCGGUUCGUCAGGGGGAGUAUUUCCAAAAUCAUCAAGCUGCUGCGAUGGCUUACUACAAAUUUCAGAAUUCGGACAACCCCUACUGCUAUCCUUUACCAGCGACUUCCCCAAACACCCCACAGCGCUAUCCGUACCCAUAUAAUUUUCCUUACCAAAUGCCUGCCGCUAAUGGGAUGUAUCCAGCCACUGCUAUGCCACCUUUUUAUGGACCCUAUGGGCAAGGUGGGCAAGGUUAUCCUUCAGGUGGGUCUGCGCUCACUCCAGAAGAGGCAGAGGUUCAGGCGAGAGGAGAGAUGGGAAAGUUGCUGCGGUUGACUGACAGUCAGGAGCUACAACUGAGUAACCUGCUGUCCCGGGAUAGGCUGAGUCCAGAGGGGCUGGAGAGGAUGGCCCAACUCAGGGCUGAGCUUCUGACAUUAUACGAGCGUGUGAUUUUAACAGACAUAGAGUUCUCAGACUCUCAAAACGUGGACCAGGCGCUUUGGAAACAUGUGUUUUACCAGGUUAUAGAGAGGUUCAGGCAGUUACUGAAGGACCAGACAUCAGACACAGCCCCACAUAUCAAAAGCAUGUUAAUGACUAUACUGGAAGAGGGGGCGGUAUUCUUCGAUUCACUACUGCAGAAGUUGCAGACUGCAUUUCAGUUCAAGCUGGAGGAUUACAUGGACUGUAUGGCAAUACGAGCGAGACCUUUACGCAAGACGGUUAAGUAUGCACUGAUCAGUGCCCAACGCUGUAUGAUCUGUCAGGGAGAUAUUGCGAGAUAUCGUGAACAGGCCAGUGACUCUGCUAACUAUGGGAAGGCACGCAGUUGGUAUCUGAAAGCUCAACAGAUUGCUCCCAAAAAUGGUCGACCAUACAACCAGCUCGCCCUGCUAGCAGUUUAUACGAAGCGAAAGCUGGAUGCUGUAUACUAUUACAUGCGCAGCCUAGCGGCGAGUAACCCGAUCCUUACAGCCAAAGAGAGUCUGAUGAGUCUGUUUGAGGAAGCCAAACGCAAGACUGACCAGAUUGAACGUAGACGGAAGCAGGAUUCAGAUGUUGGUACCCGCGGUACACAAGGUCAUCCAAGUGGGCGUCGAGGUGAGGACACUGCCCGUGUUGAGAUUUGGAUACGACCGAGCGGACAACCAGGAACAUCUCGUACAGGAGGCAGCGAAUCGGGCAAAGACUCUGAGCAGGAUGGAGAGUUGGGCACUUUAAGUGCUAGUGAUCUCAAUAAGCAGUUUAUUUUGAGUUUCUUGCACGCUCAUGGAAAGCUCUUCACUAAAGUAGGGAUGGAGAGUUUUCCUGCUGUAGCCAGUAAAGUGUUGCAGGAGUUUCGGGCCCUCCUCCAGCAUAGCCCUUCACCCCUCGGCAGCACACGUAUGCUGCAGAUUGUCACCAUCAACAUGUUCACCAUCCAUAAUGCCCAGAUCAGAGCUCAAGGGCAAGGUGAAGCUCGGUCCGUAUUGGAGGAGCAAACCACAUCUCUAGGUUUGGCUAUGUUUGGUCUCCUAGUUCAACGUUGCACUGAGCUCUUAAAAGAAACGCCUGCCGAGCCUAUCCCAGCAGAAGAACUGGGCGAAUUUGACGAGAUGGACGACGAAGGGAUGGUACGCGUCUCCGCAUUCCCGUCUGACCUCAGAGAACUGCUGCCCAGCAUUAAAGUCUGGUCUGAUUGGAUGCUCGGUCACCCGGAUCAGUGGAAUCCUCCACCAUGUAGCAUGCAGGGGAGUCCAGACGUGUGGCAGUGCCUCGCAGACCUUUGCAACUCUCUGGCACGCGUGUACGACGGCGAGGCUCCUUUGUAUAAAGCUGACGCAGAUGGAGAAGGAGACGAGGAGCUCAGAGUCUUGCAGCUGGAGGAGGACAAAAUGCUGGCUGGUUUUGUCCCGCUGCUCGCCGCCCCACAGGACCCCUGCUAUAUAGACAAAGGGAUAGAUACGGCCAUAGCGGCCGACUGUAAGAGGGUGACCGUACUGAAGUACUUCCUGGAGGCUCUGUGCGGGCAGGAAGAGCCGCUGCUGGCAUUCAAGGGUGGAAAGUAUAUUUCCAUGGCAACGCCAUCGCCAUCCAAAGAAAGCACAGAGAACAAAACCCAGACACAAGAACUGGAGGAUGAUGUCAUUGUGGAGGAAUCGUCUCUCUCGGCAUCUGAGGGAGAGAUGGAUGGAGACGGAAGUGAAGAUGAUAUCAAAGAGCUGAGGGCGCGCCGCCACGCUCUCACACACAAGCUGGCACAACAACAAAAACGCAGAGACAAGAUACAGGCGGUUUUGCAGACUGGUGGGCAGCUGGAGAUCGAGAUCAGGCCUUUUUAUUUGGUGCCCGACACUAACGGCUUUAUCGAUCACCUUGACGGCCUGAGGAAGCUGCUGACCUGUGGGAUGUACAUCCUGGUCGUGCCCCUUAUUGUGAUCACAGAGUUGGACGGCCUGGCUAAAGGGCAGGACAGUCGUGAGGGAAACGGUAAUGACGCCCACAUCAGGCAAGUGCAGGAGAGGGCCAGGGCGGCAGUGAUGUUUUUGGAGAAAGCAUUUGAGUCUAGAGAUCCCAGCAUCAGAGCCCUCACCAGCAGAGGAAACACGUUGGAGUCCAUCGCUCUCCGCAGCGAAGACACUUCUGGACAAAAGGGUAACAAUGAUGAUGUCAUCCUGUCCUGCUGUCUGCACUACUGUCAGGACAAAGCCAAGGACUUCAUGCCUGCUGAGAGAAACGGUCCAGUGAGGUUACGCAGAGAGGUGGUCCUGCUCACAGACGACCGUAACCUGCGAGUCAAAGCUCUCACACGCAACGUUCCGGUACGGGACAUCCCCGCGUUCCUGAGCUGGGCUAAAGUGGGCUGAACCGCAGAAGGGAUUUACAGCUGUACACACCAGUCGUCCUCCACGGCAAGUUCGGAGGAAGUGAUGUCAGAACGGGAGGAUGAAUAUAAAGGGGAAAUUACAACAAGCUGUCAGGUUGUCAGAGAUAGCGAGACAUCAAGCCACUUAAUAAGAAACAUGCAUUUUUUUCCCUUAAAAAUGCAGCGUGCAGAGAUGGCAGCUUGCUUCUGAGAGAAAGAGAGAGAGAGAGUGAGCAAAGGAUGGAGGGGUUUGAAAUGGAUUCGCUGAUUUAGGGUUUAAGUGCAGAGAGAUACGAAUGCACGCAUCUCAUUGGUUGUAAGUGUGAGAGUAACCAGCGUCAGCUGUUUAGCGUGUCGGCUUGUAGUGUUUGCGUGUAAUCGCACCGAUCGAGUGGCCGGUUGUGCUGCGGAUGAAUUCAUUCCGGUUCGAGAUCUCUCUUUAUGCAAGUAGGGACCUUAAUCUGUUCUUAGACAGCCUGUAAUGAGGCCAGAGCUCCAGUAGGGGGCAGUUUGAUGGGAUCAGGGGUAUAGUGAGCAAUUAUGCUCGAUCUGCUCUUGAUCUAUGGCCUGGGUGGCAUGUUUGUUUUUUUAUUGCAUUGUUUCAUCGCCUCAGUGCAUGCUUUGUUUGCUUCAAGCAGGAUUGUUUUAAUCUUCUUUGGUUUUUACUUGUGUGUUUGUUUUGAUUCGGCUAAUUUAAAGUUCUCAAUGUUUUAGUUCGUAUGUUUCAUAACAUCUUUUUUUUUACCUGGCCACUGUAUCAUUGAUCAUACAUAGUUUUCAAACUAAUAUAAAGUAAAAACUGAACUGGUUAUGUACAAACUGGUCUGUACACAGAAAAUAAAAUCACCUGGUAGCUUUAGUUGCCAUUUUUUUAACAAAUUACUUGUUUGAGCUCUUUGACGGGUUGGGACAUCUUUCCAUUACAGCUGUCAUUUUAUAUUGGUUGAUGAAAUCAAACAUCGUCUUUCUGAUUUAUCCCAAGGUGUAUUUUGUUUCAUGGAUAUUAAAAAUGUUAAUUGCUUGAUCAUCACAAACAGCUACGUGACAAUUUGUGGGUCAUUCACGUUUAUUAAUUAGUGCUUCAUCUCAGUGUUAUUUGCAUAGUUAAAUAUUACGGGACCUAUUUUUUUCCUGUUUCGUAAUCCAUUGUUGUGUGCACGUUAAUUACAAUUUAUUUUGAAGCAGCAUCUUAACUACACGUUGAUGUCUAAUUGUAAUGAGGACUUUGUUUUAAAUGUUUGAUAAAUAUGUUUUCAGGUUUGGUCUGUAGAUGUUGCUGUUUUUCAUUAAUGACAAAUACAAUAUCACAUACAAUGUUUUGAACAUUUUAACCCCAGUCACUGAAAAGCAAUAAAUUCAUAUUUAGACAUU